GCACGACUCUAACAAUUUUUUGCAGAUCACAAAAAAAAUCGUCGGUUUUAACAAUCCCAUUCCCCCACCAAACUGACGUUCGCUUAGCAACAUAAUGAGGUCGCAAACGUUUUUUUUCUUCGCGAUGACAGUCACUUACUAACUUAAUUGCUCAUUCUCGUUGUCUACAAGCAUUAUGUUCACGGCGAACUUUUGAAAGCCGGACAGAGUCAAAAUCCUUGAAUCUUUUAACUGGUCACUAACUCGCUCAUUCUCGUUGUCUACAGUCAUCAUGUUCAGCGAACUUUUCAAAGCGGGACACGUACAAUUAUAGUCUUUGCAUCUUUGAAUUGUCAAACACAGAUACGUGAGGCUUCUUGAUACGAUUAAUAGAAAUUUUUUUUCAUUUUCCGUUCUUAUCUUCAGUUUCUUUUAAAUAAAAAUGAGGUUCAUCAGCAAUCUUGGAGUGGCAGUUGAAUCAAUACAGUUAUAAUUCUGGUUAAUUAUUUUGGCCAGUUGAUUAAACAAGAGAAGUCGAUCAUGAUCUUUUUAAGUUUACUCUUAACAAUUAACUCAGUCGUAUUUAAGUUCAAAAGAAUACACAGUUUUGCUACAAAGCACGACUCUCACAACUUUUUGCAGAUCACAAAAAAUCGUCGGUUUAAACAAUCUUCUUUCACCAAACUGACGGUCACUGAGCAACAUAAUGAGGUCGCAAAGGUUUUUUUUCUUCGUGAUGACAACCGUCUACAGAUUUGUUGUUGUUUUAUCAGCAUCAUGUUCAGCGAACUCCUGUAUAACACAGGAAAGGGUAUUUUAUCAUCAGACCAUGACUCCAUCCUGGCUGGAAAUGUACGCAUCAUACAUUGACAGCUCACGUGUACUGACCGCUUCACAGCUUACAUUCAACGCUGGAAACGUAAAAAAUGCUGCUCUUUUAAAGAUUCCCAUGAUUCCUGCAGGUACACUCAGAGAUUCAAUGCCGCUGACAAUUGAGAUCACGGUCGCACAUGACGUGAGCAUCGGACAAGGAACUGACAGCGAUAUCACAUAUGGUGUGUCAGAUGGUACCAGAAUUAUUGGUUUUACCACGUGGGACAAAUUGAACUUUGAUGACCGCUCUCCUUGCGUCGGGGUGGAAGGUGACUCCGGAUCUACCUUUAACAGUAUUCGCUUCGAAUCACUUACGCCGAAAGCAAGUGACUCUUUCUACCCUGGUCAGUAUGACAUCACUCUCAAGCUGGAUCAACGCUGGGGAUCGUGCUACACAGCGCAUGAUGGAGGCUUCGUGAGGACCGCUGGCUUCAACAAUCGACUGAUGUUCAGUAAGGGACUUACACUAGAGGUGUACAAAAGCGACAAAGACGAGAAAGUUGGCAUACGAUUCAUCAAGGUCACCAUCAUAGAGGAUGAGGCUUAGAAGAAGGGAUCUUGCGACCGAAACCAAUCGAUUCCAUCGGCAUUAGAAUAACUGUAACCAUGGUUAUAAGGACAGAGGAAUUUAGAUGAAGAAACAAAAGCAAGAAAUCUUAUAAUUGUACACGUUUUUGAUUGAUGAAUAAAUGUGCAUAUUGACUUUGA